GACGGGCCCGGGGCUGCUGCGGGGUCCGCUCGGCCAUGGCUGCCCCUGCCGAGCCCGCCGACCCGCCCGGCUUCCAGAGGCCGCCGGCGAUGCUGCGGCUGAAGCGCAAACGCCCGCGGAGGAGCGAACCCUCCACCCCCGCCGCCUCUGCCGCCCCGGCCCCGCUGGGCCGCUCCGCGCCCGCCCGCCGCAACCCCUCCUCCACCCCGAACAACCCCUUCUGCAGCCCGAACAACCCCUUCUGCAGCCCGAACAACCCCUCCUCCAGCCCGAACAACCCCUUCUCCAGCCCGAACAACCCCUUCUCCAGCCCGAACAACCCCUCCUCCAGCCCGAACAACCCCUUCUCCAGCCCGAACCACGCGGCUCAGCGGGCGGCGACGCCUCAGCCCCCGGCCCCGGCGGGCGGGGAUCCAUCGGCAGCGCCCUUCUGGCAGUUUUUAGAGCCUGCCUGUGAAGAGAAGCCCCCCGGGAGAGCAGAGCCCGCUGCAGGAGCCGACAUCCUCGCCCUAACCAAGGAUCUUCAUUUACCUACUGCUGUACCCAAGGUUCCCUCCUCACCAAGGCAGGACUUCCCUGCAGACUGGAGUAUUAAAACACGGAUUCUAUUCAUGUCUUCCCAACCUUUCACCUGGACGGAACAUCUAAAAGCACAAGAGGAAGCUCAGGGACUUGCUCAGCACUGCAGAGCUACAGAAACCACCUUGCCCCCGAGUGUGCAGGAUCCCCAGCUGUCCACGGAGCUGCGUUGUGCCUUUCAGCAGAGCCUCGUGUACUGGCUCCACCCAUCCCUGCCGUGGCUGCCGCUGUUCCCUCGGAUUGGGGCAGACAGGAAAAUAGCUGGAAAGGCUUGUCCUUGGGCACAGGAUGAGGCCUUGCAGCAAGUGCUCAGGAGCGACUGGUGUGUGAGCUUCUCCUCGCUGUACCGGCUGCUCAAGGCGGGGCUCUGUCCCUAUUUCUACGUGUGCUGCCCGCAGUUCUCGGUGCUGUUCCGCGCCGCGGGGCUGGGGGGCAGCGCCGUCCCCACCGCCGCCAUCGCCCCCACCACCCGCGGCUUCAGGGAGGCCCUGAGGAGCGAAGGCAUAGAGUUCUCCUUGCCUUUCCUGGAAGAAAGAGCCAGGAGACAGAAAGGCUCUGAGGGCAGUCUGGGAACAGACGGGCCUGGCGGCCUCCGAGGGGGCAGCAGUGCGGAGGAUGAAGGGGAACCGGCUCUGAGCGAUGAUGAUGAUGAUGAGGAAAGCUUCUCUUGGCUUGAGGAGAUGGGAGUCCAAGACGAGGUGAAGAAACCAGAUGCUAUUUCCAUCCAACUCCGCAAGGAGAAGCAGGAGGUGCGGGUGGAUCACCGGCCCGAGUCGCUGGCGCUGGUGAGAGGCUGCGACACGCUGACCCUGCUCAACCUGCUCAUCAACUGCCGCAGCCUGGUGGCCGUGGCGGGGCCGCAGGCGGGGCUGCCCCCCACCCUGCUGUCCCCCGUGGCCUUCCGGGGGGGCACCCUGCACACGCUCAAGGCUCGCAGCGGCCGUGCCCGGGUGCCGGGGGGCUCGGAGGACGCGUUCAGCCUGGAGGUGCUGGGGCCCGUCCUGCCCCACGCCCUGCGGGCGCUCACACGGCUGCUGGGCCCAGCCCAGCGCGGGGCCUUCCGCGCCCUGCUCAGCACGCACCAGCCCAGCGCAGCCUUCAACGCCUGCCCCGGCCCGCUGCAGGAGGAUGAGGGAUCACACCAGGACCUCCCUGCAUGUGGACUGCCUCCCAAGACUCUGGAUCAGCUGAGGCAGUGUCCAACCCUGGGAAAAUCUGCCAUCCGCUUCCUGGAGAUGAAGGACUAUGCGUAUACCUGGAAGGCCUAGGAAUGCAGGCUCCAUUCCCUGGAGCAGGAUGUUCCAGGUGUGCCGUGCUCAGGGCUGUGUGGGCAGGAAGGGAGGGACAUCCCAGGCACCGCCUGUUGCACAGAAUCUUCCAAGGACUUUUAACGGAGAGAGGCUUUGGGCUUCUCCUUUUGUAUUUUAGAAAGUCUUUUUAAAAUAAAACUCUUCAUUUUA